AUGGGCACGAUUCUUCUCCCUCACCUCAUCACCGCCUGGCAUGUCGACCAAGCCAUCCUCAGCGAGGAAAACCGCCUCGUGGUGAUCCGCUUCGGCGACCCCAACAACAACCCGGACCUCGACAUCAUGGACGAGGUCCUCUCCAAAGUCGCGCCCAUGGUGCAAAAGUGGGCAGUCGUCUACGUAUGCGAUAUCUCGAAAGUGCCCGACUUUAAUCACAUGUACGAACUGAACACGAAUGAGGAGCCGUUCGCAGUCAUGUUCUUCUUCCGGAACAAGCACAUAAUGUGUGACUUUGGCACCGGUAAUAACAACAAGAUGAAUUUCGUGGAGAGGAACCGUCAGGACGUCAUUAAUAUUCUAGAGGCGGUCUAUCGAGGCGCGACAAAGGGCAAGGGCCAGGUCAACAGUCCAAAAGAUUACUCGACACGUCACAGAUAUUAG